CACACACACGGAGCGCGCGCGUUCACAGGAUGGACAGAUCGCUGCCGUGACUGGAUGCGAAGAAGUCCGAGUGUCCACCACCACCACCAGCACCACCACCAUGCCCACGUUUUCUGUCAUGUACAAAGGAGCGGUCCUCCUCAGCAGGACACUAAUGGGUCCGUACGGAGUGGAUCGAUCUGUACAUUCUAUGGAAUUUACAGACUGUGAAAAUGGAUUAGGAAUUAAAGUCAUUGGAGGUGUAAAGGAGAGCGGAGAGGAAUUUGGGGUUUAUGUGAAACGGAUUUUACCUGGAGGCCUUGCUGCAAGUGAUGGACAUCUACAGCCUGGGGAUCAGAUUUUAGAAGUGAAUGGAGAAAGUUUAAUUGGAGUGACAAGUGACAGGGCAGUUGAUAUCCUCAGAGCAGCAUCCUCAACCAAUCACAUGCGCCUUAUUAUAGCAAGGGAUGAGGAGGCAAGGAGAGAAUUUACAGAGUUGCUGGAGAAAUAUGGAUCCAGCAGUACUGGUUCUUCCAGGAGUUCUCCAAUCCAGCAGGGUAGAUACCUAGACAGCACAUCUUCCGGGUCCUCAUCUCGAUCGCAGAGUCCGCUGUUGCUGAGCCCGGCAGGUUCUCAGAGCGCUUGCAAUGGCACAGGGUCCCUGCUGCGGUCCUUUAGUCACCCAGGGGAGGGUGUCAUUCAGCUGAUCUCAGUGGCUUGCUCCAGCAGCCUGGGCAUCACCAUCGGCGGCGGCUCCAACAGACCCGACGGCCCAGCGGUUUUCAUCCAGGAAGUGCUGUCUGGCGGGGACUGCCACAGGGAUGGAAGACUAAGACCAGGAGAUCGCUUGAUUGCCAUCAACAAGGAGUCACUAAUAGGCGUGACACACGAAGAAGCCAAAAGCACUCUCAACAAAGUAAAAUUCAGGCAAGAGGGUUCGGUGGAGAUUGCAUUCAUCCCUGGCAAAGGACCCUUCCCCUGUGGGAACCCAUUGCUCAGUGGAGUAGAGCGCCCUGGGUACAGUUCACCGCGAUUAAAAGUACAUGCCAGAUCUCCCGAGAGGCGACCAGAAGAUUCUGCAGCAGUGCCUUCCCCCUCUCCUGAUAUAUGUCCUCCAGACAUCUUUGUUUCAGGUUCCAACAGCUCACAGAAAACAGCCAAGCCCAAGAUCACCCUCGACCCCCACAUCCGCCUCAGGUCAGACAAACUGGACUUGGCUCUCAGAUACUUGGGGAUAGAGGUCACAGAAGAGAAGAAGAGAAAACUGAGACAGAGUCUGACCAUGGACCCUCAAGGCACUGUUGCUUAUGGAGAUUUUGUGGAGGCCACCCGAGACGUUCUGCAAGACAAGCUGGAGGCGGCAGGCCUGGCUCAGGGGCCUUUCAUGUUCUCUUAUCAUGAAGCAGCCAGCUUGAUGGACACCUCCGCCUUUCACUCACCGACCUCAGACUCGGAGAACAGCUACAGCAGCGAAGAACUUGAAAUGUUUCAGGCCGAGGUCACACAUCUUCAGCAGCAAAUGAAAGAGCUGAAGACACUGCUGAAAGAUACAGAGACGAGCAAGAAAACACUUGAAGAAGAGCUUCAGAAGACAGCAGAGAAAGCCACAGCCACGUCAGUGGAGAACGAGGCCCUGAAGACCAAACUCCAGGUGGUUGAGGCCACGCAGGGGCAGACGAGCAGUGCGGAGCAGGAUUACGAAGAGGUCAUCCAACUCCUGGAGGCCGAAAUCAAAGACUUGAAGAACGAACUGGCUGGAAAGCAACGGAGAAAGAGCAAGGAGGCUACAAAGGAGGAUGUUCUUGAACUGAAGAGAAGGCUUUCCGUCAUUGACAGCGAGCUUCGGAAAUCUGAACUCAGUCGGAAACAUCUGGAAAUAUCCAACAAGAAGCUGUUGGGAUUUGCGCAGAAUGUACACAGAGUCCUGUCCUCUUCCAACUUACCUGGGUCAGAAAAUGAGAUGUCCCCUGCGGCAGAGGGCCGUGACACUCCUUCCCCCAUCGUUGAUCCCGCUGCCCAGCUGGCUGCGGAGGCGAAGGAGCUGGUGGACAGAGUGUGCUCCCUCGGCACUGAAGACAGAGUACAGUAUGAUGUUGAGGACAGCAGCCCAGAAGAAGGGAGGAGCUACACUCCAGAUCACUACAGUUGCCGACCACGAUCUUCACCCCUCGGACUUAUGAGUAGCAAGCAAUUUCUUUAGAUUUUCCUGGGAAACUCAAGUAUGAAGAGACAAAAGGAACUUUAAACCACUGUAACUGUGAAGCUGCUGUGAAGUUGUAUAGGAUCUGCAGUGGCUUAAUUAGCUAUAAUAAAAAAUAGUUGAGGCUCCAAAGUGGAACUGCUAUAUUGAUUACGACAUCAAUGCAAUACAUGAGCAUAGAUUUUGAAAUGCAACUAUAUGUGUUAUUUUAAAUUCCAUGGCAUGUACUGGAACAUGUGCUGUUUUUAUCUGAAGCAAUAAAGUGGACUCACUUUCUGAUAGCCUGCAGAAAGCCACCCUAAAAACAUUACUGUAAAAAGGAAGAAACACUUCGACAGUGACCGUUGGAUGCUCUGUAGUAAAAUACUGUAUGAAUAGGUCGUAGUUGCCAAAUUACAGGAUGUAAUAUAACAGCUCUUUUUGGGUGUUCAUGUAAAUGUUUUUUGCCAAAACAUAUGUUUGUCAUUUUGCAUAGUUUUGUUGCAAUGGACAUCAGAGGAAAUUUGAACCUUGUUUCGCUAUGUUGUUAGUUCUAAGGGCAUCAUCUGUACAGCGAUGAACACUGCGUCCUCAGCUUAUGAACGUGGUUGGGAGCGAAAGUCUAUUUGAAAUUAGUUCCGUCUGUAAU